AUGGACGACGAUUCAGAUGAUACGUCUGAUGGCAGCCCUCCGGCUCCGUUACUUCAAGAUCCUCUUCCGAAGCCGCCAGCCGACACAAUUUCGUCUGAAACUCGCAAGGAGAAUGACUUGCUGCAGAUCAGAGAAAAAAUCCUGAAAGAGAGUGCUCGACGCCGUGCAGAAGCUUUAGCUCAGCGGAGACAGGCUCCCGAAAGCAAUGGGUUGCCGCAGAAUAAGCAAGAAAUCCAGAGAGAGAGUGAGCGACGCCGAGCAGAAAAUGUAGCCAAGCGUAGAGACGCUUCCAAAAGCAAGGCGAAUCCGCCAUCUCCGUUGCAGGCUAUCCCAGCAGAGGCAGCGCAGCGACAGAAACGGCCAGUCCCUCUGCCACCAUUGAGUAGACCGUUAUCGAGCAGCAGCAAGGGCAAUAACCAGACCCUUUCCGCGACCUCGGGGCAAGACGAAAUAACCAUUCUCGGCUCAAAGACCGCUUCGAGGGCGCCAGAGAUCCUCGCUGAAACCCAACCUGUACCUUUUGAUAAUGCCGCGCAAAAGGCCAAGCUUGACGCUCUGUUUGUCGAAUCAGACCAAGCUGCUAAGCAGGCUGAAACUGAUAGGAGACGUGAACUUGACAGACAAGAUCAGGCACAUCUCAAGCGCGAGCGACAGCUUGAGCAAGAGCGGAUUAAGAAGGCCGCCGAAAUCAAGCGACGUGCCGAUGACAGUCGCCAGAAGCAGGCCCAAGUCGAAGCAGAAGAGGCGGCACGGCGCGCUCACGAAAAACAGCUGCAAGAUGCACUGCGCCGGAAGCAUGAGGCGGAGGCCAAAGUCGUGGCUCAGAAAAAGGCAGCAGCUGAGAAACGUGAAGCGGAACGACGGGCUGAAGAGCAGAAGCGAGCGAAAGAGCAACCUCCUCAGCACUCUGUUUUCAGCGACGAGCAACAGCGAGCGCGAGAUGAGCGUAUUCGCAAACAGCAGGAACGCAACCGAAAAAUGUGCACGCAUGCUGAUGAUUCCACAAUCGUUGUGGAAGAUGAUGAACCACACACAACGCAGCUUCAGCCCGGGUCUCUGGCACAACAAGCUCGUGAGGCACGGCAAAUGGCCGCUCUCGACACCACACAUGCUGAUGUCGUCGAUCCUGUUCAAUUGCGUAGUCAAUCUUCUCUAGCUCAAUCAUCUUUUGGAGACGUGAAUGGGAGCAAAGCAGCGACUUCAUUUGAUCGACCUAUGAGGCAAAUACCCGGAACCAAGCAGUCACCGGUAAGCGGUUCCACAGACUUUCGCAGAUCUUUAGGCGAGAUCAGCUUUGACGAUGGCAAGCUGCUCCAUUGGCGAGAUACAGAUGGCAAGACAUUCGAAGAUAUUGCGCGGCUCUAUCAGACCUUGACUGGAAAAGCUCAAGAUGAAGAAUUCCUCAAACGCCGGAUUAGUCUUGUCAAGAAAGCUUUAAAGCUCGCGAAGGUCUCCUGGAACCUCACCAACGAGUUGGCCAAGGGCAACGAAGAUGCCAAAGCGCAGAUCAAUUCUCUCGUUCAUGGUGACUCAGAGUUUCGACAGCCAGAGCCGCGGCCUACUCCUUUGGCACAACCUCAACCUCGAGGCCGUGAUACCAGCCACCGGCGAGCUCUGGCGGACAUUCUUCCUGAAGAUGCCAAACUUGUUGCCUGGAAGGCUGCUGGCGACGAUUGGACUCAAAUAAUCUCCAAAUUUGAACAGUUUACCGGCAAAUUGAGGUCCCAAGAUACUUUACGCAAACGCUGUCGUCAGAUCGAGAAAGCCAUCGAAUCUGCGAGGAUCCGUGGUGAUUUGAUGGAACGGCUUGCCAAUGGCGACAAAGCAGCACAGACCGAGAUCAAUACCCUCUGUGCAGAGAAAACGGGCACCUCAUCCAAAGUCGGUCUCGCGCCUGGUUGGAAAGCCAAUACAUCUCGUCUGCCACCUGAGAUCGCUCCUUUGGACGCUCAAUUAGUGCGUUGGCGUGACAGUGGAUCGGAGUGGCCUUCGAUUAGAGAGUCUUGGAAUGACGCUACAGGCCUGAGGGUUGCUGUCGACACUCUCAAAGGUCGGUAUGAAGCUCUAAAAGAGGUCUUCCAGAAUACAUUGAUUGACGAUGAACUGCUGAAUGACAUGGUUCGAGGGGUCCCAGGAGCGAAAGAAGAUGUGAACAAGCGGAUAUUCCGAGCAACAAACCCAUCUUUGCCAAGAUCUCCAGUCCGUAACGAUUCAGCAAUUGAACAGAGACCUCUUAGUCGGACAAAUCGAAUGGCGCGAUCAGACUCGCAUGGUGCAGAAACUCGUCCUAGCAAUAUGGCAGCAGAGCAGUUCAGAUCGAUCACCAGUAUUCUGGACGCUUAUGCAGACCACGAGGAGAUCGAACGGCCCACCACAGGUGGAAAGACAAUUGAUGCCAACUUUUUGUGGCAUGCCGCGCAGAAUAUGGCCCUUUCAUACGAGGAAGCACUUGAAGAGGCCGAUGAGUCUGAAACGGAAUCCGAAGUCGAUCCGGACGAUCCAGAAGACUAUGUCUACUACACCUACACACUGUACCGAAAAGACAAGUAUUAUACCGGCGAAUCCGACGAGGACGAGGUCGAGGACGACGAGGACGAGGUCGAGGACGAUGAGGACUCUGACUCGCAAUGGAUCCCUGUCAGCGCGCCUUUCGAAAGCCUGAAGAAGGCAAACGCAGCUGUUCAGGCGGAACUGCUCAAGGUCAACCCAAAAAGGCGACCAAUUGUGAGUCUAGACAACAUGAAUCUCACGAGCGGUACGGACGAACGCGGACUGAAAUGGGCCAAAUUCAUCAACGAUCAGGUUGGCGAAGUCGAGGUCGCAGUCCAUCGAACAUUGCUCAACUACACCGACGGGAAGCUUCCACAAAGCAAAGUAGACUGGAUUCCAAAGCACUUUUACAAAGUCAUGGAGCGGCAAACCAUCACAGAGAAAUCCACGAGCUCGGUCCAGCGUGACCCAGGCGAUGAACUUUUCGAAGAGGAAUACAACUAUCUCACAGAAGGCAAACCUGAAUGA